AUGUUCACCGCCCUCAUCUCCCUCUUUGUCUCCAUCUUCGGUGCCCUGCGCGCUGCACCUAUCUACUACGCUCGCGUCCUUACCCUGGGCAGUACAUUCAACUCCUAUGCUACCUUGGACGACAGCACAACAACCAUCCGAGUCAUCGAUAGCUUCUCUGGUACACCCGUCCUCCGCCAGCCUCCGUCUCCGGUCUUCCACACUCUACCGACGGGCGUGUCUAGUAACUCUCUGGCACACUCUCUCGCUUUCCUCACUGCUGUCUUCGUCAUCACGACUUUCUUCUAUGGCAUCAUCUGGCAUCUGAGGACUACAACACUAGCACUUGGCAACGACGACACCAACAUGCAGGCCGGUGACCCCGGGAAGAUGCACCAUUUGGUCAUCGACCUCUCGGGAGUCACCUACAACGGCCUCAUGUCGGCGUCGGAUGCGGAAUUUCAAGCGGGGCUCCUGGCAGCCCUUACCAGCAUGCCUCUCGAGUCCUCUCCGCCGGUCGAUUUGCACGCCGCCUCGACGCAGACUUCCGAACACAACACCCUGGACGCCCCCUCCUGCGUAGUCAACCGCGAGGAUUCGAAGAACGCCGCUCCCGCAUCUUCGAAGGCGACCUCCACGCCGACGUCUGUUCCGCCCAAAUCCGAGGCCAUCGACUGUGUUACCGUGCCCGCCGAGCCCACUCCAGCAUACGAGGAGGACGAUGACGGUGUUUGGGACAC